CAAACUAAACUCCAGAAUGGAUUCUUUGGUCAUCUAUAUCAUGAUGGAGUCCAUCCUAGCACUGCUGGUGGUUCUGGUCAAUAUCCUGGUGUGUGUCACUGUCUACCUGCACAAGGAAUUGCGCUCAAUCACCAACUAUCUGAUUGCCUGCCUUGCUAUGGCAGACUUGGGCGUGGGGGCCUUGGGUAUCCCCUUCUCUGUGGUGCUGAGCCUGGGAAAGACGCUCUGUUUCUACUCUUGCCUGUUCAUGGCCUGCUUCCCUCUGGUCACAGCACAGUUCUCAAUGCUACUUCUGCUGGUCAUUGCCAUCAACAUGCACCUCAAGAUUCGCCACUCUGCCAGGUACGCAGCAAUUGUGAACAAGAGAAAGGUGAUAGCACUUGUGUUCCUCUGCUGGGUAGUCUCAGUGAUUGCUGGAUUUACUCCUCUCAUGGGCUGGAACCAGAUGAAGACGUAUACUGAGAGAAACAUCACUACCACUAGCAUCAAGCAGCCCCUGGAGCGUUCAAUCAUUGGAAAAAACCUUCCAUAUGGAGGUUUUCUGUCCAAGGUUUACUACAACAACCGAAGGAACAUGAGCUACUCAGAAAUCCACAGAGGUCACCUUGGCCAGUGCAGUUUUGAGGCUACAGUGAGCCCCGAGUACCUUGUGUAUUUUCAUUUCCUCGUCUGCACUCUUCUGCCUUUGUUAAUCAUGCUGGGACUUUAUGUAGACCUUUUCCGAAUUGUCCAGAGCUAUUAUGCAGCCCAAGGGAUGCCAACAGCGAAGAGGAGUGAAGUGCAGACCGCACGUAGCCUCUUCCUUAUGCUAGGCCUUUUCUGCCUGCUGUGGGUCCCACUGAAUGUUAACAACAUGUUAUGGCUUUUUUGUUCAACGUGCUCCCAGCCUCUUUGGGUUUCCCAACUGACUGUGUUUUUAUCUCAUCUGAACUCUCUUACUAAUCCGUUACUGUAUGCCAUGCGGAAAAAGAACUUUGGAGCUGCUCUGCGUCUGGUGUUUGUACGUUAUAUCCUUUGCAUCCCUCGAUGUAAAAGAUGUUGUCCUGACACAAAGGUUUACCCCAAAGUGUAAGGUCAAUUAGACUGGAGUAUGCUAGGGCUUCUUCCCUGAGC